AUGGCCAGUCUAGGCAAGCUUACCGCCCCCGGCAAGGCAGAACGGUCCUCCGAGCCCGCUGCCACACCUGUCAACACCUCUGCCUAUGCCCAAUCCCUGCUUGAUACUCUGAUCUCUUCAUUCGAUAAUCAUCUGCUUGACUCCGACCUCUCUAUCCACUCCUACAACAGUCAGAUCCAGUCCGUUAACAGCAUGGCCGACCGUUUCCCUUCCCUGGAGGACUUCUCUGAAGGUAGACUAACCCACUACUCUCCUUACAGCGGAGCUAACAUACCCGCAGGCCAGACCGAAGUGGCCGAAGCCCCCACCGCUACUGAUGACGAUUUCCUUGCCCGUGAACGCGCCGCUCUCGGAGAGGACGCCGACCAAUUCGCUACUGCCCAAGACCACGUCGGUGAGACCGUAGGCGGCGAUGACCUGCUCGGAGGUGACGAGCCCGUUGAGGAGAUUGGCCAAUUCGAAUCAUCUUUCCCUUCCGUCGAAACUCAGAACCAGAAUGAGCGCGUGGCUCCCGGUGGCACAAUUACUGGCACCGGAUCACCUUUCCCCCGUACCGGAUACUCAAACCCCCAAGAGCCUGAAGAUGAAGGAGAUGCUGUCCGUGAAUGGCGCGAGAAGCGCGACGCUGAAGUUACCCGCCGCGCACAGGUUUCUGCGGAAAAGAAGGAGGCAACCGUAAACAAGGCCCGGGAGGACAUCGAUGACUUCUACGUUUCAUACAACAACAAGGCAGACAAGAACCGCUCGCACGCUCGCACCGAAGCCGAACAAUUCCUUGAGAACCGCGAGGAUACCUCUGCUGGUGGAACUAGCUGGGAGCGCAUUGCUAAGCUGGUUGAUGUUUCGGGCAAGGGCUCCGCGGGCGGUGCCAGCGGCUCUGGCAAGGAGCGUUUCCGUGAGCUGUUGCUCGACCUUCGAAAGGAUCAGGAGGCUCCUGGCUCUACCGGCAUCUAA